GCCACCUUGUUUUGUUUAUUAGCAGUUUGGAUGACCUAUGUUUUUCUCACAGGGUGGCUCAUCCUCCCCUCCUGUCCUCUCCGUCAGUACCACUUUGUGAACGAACGUUUGACUUGGCAUGAAGCUCAGGCCUACUGCAGAGAGACAUACACAGACCUGGCCACCACAGAGAGCAUGACGGAAAUCAACCAACUUAUUGACACAGUUUCAUCUUCUGGUUACAACUCUGAGGUGUGGAUCGGUCUGUAUAAUGAAAUCGACUGGAGGUGGUCAGAUGGGUUCACAGGGAGUGGGGCUGAGUACAGGAACUGGGGAUCAAGGGAACCCAGUUUUAUGAAUGCAGAUGAGUUUUGUGUGGGCGUUAGAUCAACUGCACGAUGGCAUGAUAUGUCCUGCCUUGACAAAGGCCCAGUUAUCUGCAACAAUGGAACACAGCUGGAUCCUGAAUUCAUUUAUGUGAAUGAACACAUGACUUGGCCCAGUGCUCAGAAGUACUGCAGGGAGAACUUCAUAGACCUGCCCACUGUGAGGAAUGAGAUCCAGAUC